UUGUUUACUUGUCCGAGAGGCAGGAAUUGGAGGCUGGUUCCUGAUUUCGUUUCCCCUUUCCUCCAGUAUUCUGUGUGAAAGGUCUCGUAAACGCCCUCCAAAACCUCUCACCCCCUGGAAGUGCCUGGGAGGAUCAGGACUAAAAAAGUCUAGCUCCAAGGGGAAGAGGGAGAGGUGUAAGAAGUUCGAGUCUUUGAAAAAUUCGGAAGGCCCCUUUAAAUGAACCUCUAGCAACAACAACAAAAGACAGGGCAGGUCAACCCAGAAGACGGGGGAAGACACUGGGGAAACGGGAUUGAUAUCUAGUCCAUUUUGUAGGAAGACUAAGGGAAGGGAUUGGGGGAGCUCUUCGAUUUAUUUCGGGAGGAAAUAACCCCAAGGAACUUGGGAGGAUAAACAGCCCAAUCGGAGAGGGAAAAAAUCCUACGCACGAUCACUACGUAUGCAACACACGGAGUUUGGAGCGACCACCGUGGCUUUCUCUUGCCUUCUCUCGGAGAGGGGUGUCUGAGAAGGAAGGGAGGCAGACGAGGGAGGUGGGAGGCGAUUUGGGCGCAUGUGGGAUCGGAGACCCGCAGAAGCGACAAAGAGAGCCUUUCUGUGUGGCUGCUCAAAGAAGGCGUGUGUAUGUGUGUGUAGGCAUACACGUGACAAAGGCAGCCUUCUUAGGGAAGACAAGGUGUAUGACAGUGAUUGAAGGAAGAUAAAAGUCCCUUAGUAAGUAGGGUGGGCUUCUGGUACACAAGCACGUGUGCCAGGUAGAAAGUACCGAGAGAGUGUUUGCCCACGUGUUGGGGGGAGGGCGGGGAGAAAGGAGGGUUGAGAACAGUAACAACACACAAACUAGCUUUUCCAGAAACUCAAAUUUCCCCCCAUCUGCCCGAAAGCUUGUCUCGGGAAGCCGUGGAAAUGAGUCCGGCGGGCGGGGGGCCCUCCGGAGAGGUUUGGGUCAGGCGUAAACUGAUUGCACAUACCUGGGAGCGCUGCGGCCGGCUCGAUAAGGGCCCUGAAUGGAGGUGAUGUCACGCUGAUGCAGAAGCCGGCCCACCCUCUAGGAAGAGAAAGAAAGGCGAGAGUGUGGCUGAGACUUGGGAGCGGGAGGGAAGCAGAUAAGCCAGGCCCCCUCUCUUUCUCUGUCUGGGCCUUGAGUAGAGACGAGUAACCCCUGACCUCCACGCGUCCCAGCUCGGCACCCUCCUCCCAAAUCCCCAGCGCCUGCCCUCCCGGGGCUCCGGCGCAGGGACCUGCGCCCACGCCCAGCCGGGAGUCCCUCCUCCUUCUCCUCCCUCUCUCCAGUCCUUCCACUUGCGCCUAGCCCGGGGCCGAGGUUGGCCCCGAUCUCUCCGCUGCCGUCCCGGAGGUAGAGGCGUCCCAGGCUCCUUCAGAGAUCCAGCCUGGCCUGGCUCUGGAGCCAGGAUGGCUAUUCCGCAGGCCCUCCUGACCUGCCUGGGUGUCCUGAUGCUCCUCCUCCCCAGGAAUCAGGCCCAGGUCCAUGCUCCACCUGGGUGCAGCCCAGACCUCAACCCCCUCUACUACAAUCUUUGUGACCGCUCCGGGGCUUGGGGCAUUGUCCUAGAGGCUUUGGCUGGGGCUGGCGUCAUCUCUACCUUCGUCCUCACCAUCAUCCUGGUGGCUAGCCUUCCCUUUGUGCAGGACAGCAAAAAGCGGAGCCUGCUAGGAACCCAGGUGUUUUUCCUGCUGGGGACGCUGGGCCUCUUCUGCCUCGUCUUUGCCUGUGUGGUCAAGCCUGACUUCUCCACCUGCGCCUCCAGGCGUUUUCUCUUUGGUGUCCUUUUCGGCAUCUGUUUCUCCUGUCUGGGUGCCCAUGUUUUUGCCCUCAACUUUCUGGCCCGGAAGAACCAGGCCCCUCGGGGCUGGGUCAUCUUUGCUGUGGCCCUGCUCUUGGCCCUGGUGGAGGUCAUCAUCAAUACAGAGUGGCUGAUCAUCACCCUGGUCAGGGGCGGGCAUGGAGGGGGAGGUGGUCUUCAUGGCAACAACAGUGCCAGCUGGAGCGAGGCAUCCCCCUGUGCCAUCGCUAAUAUGGACUUUGUCAUGGCCCUCAUCUAUGUCAUGCUCUUGUUGCUGGCCGCCUUUGUGGGGGCCUGGCCCAUCCUCUGUGGCCGCUUCAAGCGUUGGCGGAAACAUGGGAUCUUCGUGCUUCUUACCACAGCCACCUCCAUUGCCAUUUGGGUGGUAUGGAUCGUCAUGUACACCUAUGGCAAUGAGCAGCGGAACAGCCCUACCUGGGACGACCCCACCCUAGCCAUAGCCUUGGCUGCCAAUGCCUGGGCCUUUGUCCUCUUUUAUAUAAUCCCCGAAGUCUCCCAAGUGACCAAGGCCAGCCCAGAGCAGAGCUACCAGGGGGAUAUCUAUCCCACCCGGGGUGUGGGCUAUGAAACCAUCCUGAAGGAGAAGAAGGGACAAAGCAUGUUUGUGGAGAACAAGGCUUUCUCGAUGGAUGAGCCAUCCUCAGGCAAGAGACCUGUGUCGCCAUACAGCGGGUAUAACGGUCAGCUGCUGACAAGUGUGUACCAGCCCACCGAGAUGGCCCUGAUGCACAAAGGCCUGUCUGAAGGGCCCUAUGAUGUCAUCCUCCCACGGGCCACUGCCAAUAGCAGUCAGGUGAUGGGCAGUGCCAACUCAACCCUUCGGGCCGAAGAUAUGUACACCACCCAGAGUCAUCAGGCGGCAUCCCAGAAGGAUGGCAAGAACGUGCAGGCACCUUUCCAGGCCUUGUAAUGCAAACUAGGAGGGAGCCCGGAUUCAGCAGAUCUGAAGCAGUGGACUUAGGCUGGCGGGCUGCCUGCCCACGAUGGAUGUCUGAUCUGGGAAGAGCAGGACUCACCUCCCCAUGUCCCCUUUUUGUCUGUCUCUGGGCUUCUCUGUCUGUCAGGAAGCUAUGGACCAUAAGGAUCAGUCCCUACCCUCCCACCCACCCUGAUGUUCUCCCUGCCCCAUCCAAAGACACAACAACCCCUUCGGAAGUCACCCAGAGCUCUUCUGAAUGAAGGAAGGCUCCCUGUGGUUGCAUUUCCUCUAGGUUACCUUGCCCACUGUGACAUCUCAGGUGCCUCUUUCUUCUUUGGCCCACAUCAUGGGACCAUAUCAAUAUAGCCAGGCCCUUGGUGUCCACUCCAACCCUCUCCCCUUCAACAGACCGUGCUAUUGCUUUCUUGCAUUUAUGUUUUCUCUUGGGAGAGGGGGUCAGACUUCUGGAACUGACUUGAGCUGGGGGUGACCCUGCAGGUAGGUAGUUCCAGCCCUGUGCCCUUUGGUUUGCUACCCCUGAAGGUGAAUGGUUGCCGUUUGAAGGGAAGGAAGCAAAUGUCAUGGGAUGGUGGGCAUCCCGAGCAGAAAUUGGGCGCUCUGGGCUAACACCCUUCUGAAGAAGUAACAGCAUCUUCUACCAUAAGCUUCACGUUGACACUGCCUGGGCCAUGGUUUCUGGAUCUGAGCCACUUCAGCGCUGCAUUCACUUCCCCCCCACCUUCCCUGGCCACUAAUCUUCUGGAUCAGAUUCACACCCCUGGGCCAUGAGGCCUUUUGCACUCUCUGGCCUUCUGCUCUUUGCUCCAUCAGGAAGGAUGCCGGCUACACCAACUGUCCUACUUGGAAGCAGACUCCUCUCCCUCUUCCUGGGAAACUUGGCCAAGAAGGAUAGGAAUUUUUCAGGGCUUGGCUGCCUAGCAUGAUGCAGAGAUUCUGUCUGGGUGACCAUUGGCUUUUUUUUUCUGUGAAGUUUUUUCCCUCAUUUUCACUUUUCUUCUGGAAGCCUGGUCAGUGUAAAUAGUCAACUCCGAACACAGAAGGGAUGGAGGGCAGCAGGAAGGCCUGAUGGAUUGACCAUUUCUGGUCUAAGACUAGAAGGGUCCUUAAGGGACAAGGGAUGGCAGAAUGAUCUGUGUAUACUCUCUGGUCCAGAAUGGGCUAGGGACCAGGACUCAGGCUUAAGGCGUCUGGAAAUGGGCGCUUUGUACUUGUAAAGUCUAGGAUACAUGACGGGUUUUUCCUGCUCCUGGUGAAGCUUUCCCUGUGAAACCACAAGAAGUCUGUACCCUUAGCUCCCCCACCCCCACCAGGCCUCAAGUGCCCAUAGUAGGGCGUAGCUAUGGGCAUGACCAAGUGCAGUGAGUACCCCCACAUUCCACUCUUGCCUCCAACACCCAAGUGCUUUUCUCUGCAAACAGUAUUUUUCUGGGGUUAAGCUUAGUGAACUAAUAUAUGGAGAAGAGCAUCAGGGAGGUGGGGAAGGGGUGGAUGGAUCAAGAACACAAGAAGUCUGUGAUUUAGAUCCGUGCCUGCUGGAUGUGACCUCCCGUGCCUUCACCCUCUAUUUUACCUGUGACCUGGGUUAUAUAUAGGUAGACCCAAGUAUUACUUCCUCUCUACAGGAUGGAGUGGAUGUGAGGUUGAAAGCCCCAUCUAUCCCUAAGUUUUCCUUGAUCUUGGUUAGUGGCCCAUAGAUUUUCUUGAGUGAAUAAAGUUUUACUAUGUUUUGUAUAAUUAAUGCUUGCAUCUGACUCAACUGCAGAGUGCAGGGGCCCAUCAGCCACAGAGUUGGGCAUGGGAUGUAGCACUCCUGGUCUCUGGAUGACUGAGGUAUGCGAAUGAGUGAGACAUGGUCAACAAAAAAUAUAGCCCAUGCCACCAGCCCUGGAGUCAUAAACCUUCACACAGACAGUCUGAGUAGACUGAAACAAUGGAGCCCCUCUUUGGGAGAGGAGAGAAAAGAAAGGCAUUCUUGAUGUUGGACCUUGGCUGCAAUGUAAGAAUCCUUAGGGUCAUAGUUUUAGAGCUGGAUAUUAAAGGUCUUAUUCCCUCAUGGUAUAGAUGAGGAAACAACUCCAGAGAGGCCAAGUGACUUGCCCAGGGUUAAAACAGAUGGCAGAGUUGAGAUUUGAACCCAGCUCAUUUGACUCCAAAGUUGGUGCCCCACACUACACCAGUGGAAGAACAUGGAUUUUUACCCAGGUCCUUUGAUUACAACACUUCACCAUGCUGCCUCUCAGUGAGCCUAAAUAUGAUUUACCUUGUGGGAAAGCGAAAAGCAUAAGGGCAAAAGAACAGGUCUAGUCAUUAUGUUGAAUUGAAAUCUGCAAUUUUAAAACCAGCACUUAGCACAGUGCCUGCCACAUAGUAGGUUUUGAAGAAAAGCUUUGUUGACUUUAACCAGUCCCGUCUAUAUUACCUGUUCUAUGAAACAUCUCUAAAUAUUUGAAGGUGGGAGACUAUCAUCCAAGUCUCUGGGUUAAACACAAUCUUUUAGCUACUUUUUACAUAUAAGGUAUUUUAUUUUUUCCGUUACAUGUAAAGAUAGUUCUCAACUUUUGUUUAUACAAGCUUUACAAUU